GCGUCUUCGCGACGAGUGAUAAGAGACCACACGAUAAAAACUCAACUCGCCGGUCUUGUAAAGUGGAUUUUUUCAACCGUUGUGUUUUAUUCAUUCAGUUGAAAUGGCUUGGACUUACGAUGCGAUAAUUGGUUUCAGCAAUGGAAUGUUAAAAGGUGUUGAACUUAAAAAAAACAAGUUUAAAUACACUAAUUUAUUGGAUGCAUCUUUAACGCUAAAUAACCUUAGCAUUUAUGAUGAAAGCAAAACUAUAAUAAGCUCAAAAAGAAAAAUGUUAUUAUUUGAUUUGAAAACUAAGAAAAUGUCCAAGAAAUAUCUAAUUCGAGAAUCAGGGAAUAUUAUUGGUGUAUUUAAAAAGAAUAAUGUUUUGAUUGCUGGAGUGGACAAUGGAAUGGUAGUGGUUAAACCUAUUAAAAAAACUACAGAUGAGUUGGAAAAAAUAAGUACUGGAUCACAUUUAUCAUGUAUUAGACAAGUUCUUACAUUGGAUAAAUUUGCAACAGGAGGAAAUGAAAAUCCUUUAAAAAUAUGGGAUUUAGAAACGGGAAAGAUUGAAUUUACUGCUAAAAGUCCUAAACCAGAUAUGCUUCAGCUCAAGUUGCCAUGUUAUGUGUCUGAUAUUCAAUUUUUCAAUAACAAUAAAGCAGUUGUUUCUCAUAGACAUGGAGUGGUUGAUUUACAUGAUCCAUUGUCUAGUCAAAGAAGACCAGUAGCAUCUUGUAAAGCAGAAAACACAGGUUUCGUCAGCUUAAGAACCAUGCCAGAUUACAGUGAUUAUGAAGUAAUCGUAGGAACAUCCAAAGGGUCUAUAUUUCAUUAUGACUUUCGUGGAAAAUCUACAUUGCCAGUGAAAACUUUUAGAGGAAGUACUGGUUCUGUAAAAUCAGUAUCCUGUGUUAAUUAUUUAAGCCAAAUGCAUGUAAUGAGCAUAAGUUUGGACUGUCAUAUAAGACUACACAAUUUCACUAGUGGUGACCUCACUAUGCAGGAUUAUAUUGUGGCUAAACCAUUAGCGUUAUUGAUCAAGCCGGAUGAAACUACAGUUUGAUAAAUUAUUUUUUUUUACUUGUAAAUAAAUAAUGUUCAUUUUAUA